CGGUAAUGCGCACCAAUACGUUGUUUGCCAACCGCCAUACAAAGAAGAAGAAGAAGAAGAAGCAGCAGCAGCAGCAGCAGCAGCAGCAGGAGAAGAAGAAAAAAGUUGUAAUAUAACAGAAACACGCCAUGUGGCUUCUACAGAUUUUAGAUGCAUUUCAGGUUGUUAUUUUUCUAAUAGUUUGAAUGAACGAUUAGACAGUUGUUAUUUCACCGCUGGUUUUCUGCCGAUAACCGGGGAUAGAGUGGAAAAAAUUGAGAAUCGUUCAGUUAUGCUUCUCACUUUUUCAACGUCUUUCGGUUUAAUUUUAAAAUGAAUGAAGUAGUAACUGAAGCUGGUGUAUCAGGGGCUGAAGCUACAGGAUGGUCGCAGGAAAACCUCCAGAAGCUCCUUGCUUCUAUGAAAGGCAUCCUCCCAAAGGAUGACAAAACGAAGCCUUAUAAGAAAGGACUAAAAGCUGUAGACUGGGAUAAAGUUGCAUUCCCCCCGUUUUCUGCAGGUGAAUGCCAGGAGAGAUGGAAGAGAUUGACGCGGAAGAUGCGCAGAUAUCGCACCCUUCCUGAGCUCCUUGAUGAAGCUCAAGAAUUGCUUUUGAACCCCUUCUUAGACAAAAAUAUUCACCCCGACCUCCCAAAGCCACCUAAUCCCCCAAAAAUGACUUAUAUUAGGAAGUGUAUGUCCAGGUAUGCGAGGAAAAAUCCAGGGGUGAAUGUGGUGUUAAUGACAAAGACCUUUUCCAAGGACUAUGAAAAACUGUCAGACAAAAAGAAAGCUAAAUAUGCAAAGAAGUACAGACUUGCGUUUGAAGAAUACUCCAGAAAGAUUAACAAAUUAUGCAAAGAGAACAAUCUGCGUGUUCCUAUAAAGAAGAAAAAGCACACGAAAAGGGUCACCCUUAAAUAUGAAGGUGACGACAAAGACAAAGAUUUUCCUCAGGAACCACCUUGGCAUGGUUUUGGUCUGUUCAUCAUAGAACACUCUUCAGGAGUCACAGGAGGAGAGCCUUCACAUGGAGCGAGUUUUAUACGGGUUAUGAGUCAACACUGGAAAGAACUGAGUGAAAAUGAGAAACAGAAGUACAAUAAACGCUGUGCACAGAUGAAGAGAGAAUACAAAGCCAAGUUGAUAAAAUAUCUGGAUCGGUUAGAUGAGGAGGAGAAGCAGCAGCUCAUCGAGGAAAAAGGAAUCAGAAUGCCAAAGAAGAUUUUGGACCAACACAAGAUGCACCCUGGUGAGCCGACGAUGCCCUCCCGCUCUGGGUUUAUAUAUUUUCACUUGGAUAUUUUGAAACAUGCCGAGAAAUCUAUGCCAAGGAAAGAGCGUUUUGAAAAGGCCAGGGAACAGUGGCACAAGUUCUCAGAAUCAAAGAAGAAUCAUUACGCUAAAAUAGUUGAGGAAAAUAUGAGAAAAUACGCAGAAGAGCUGCCAGCGUGGUUCCAGACGCUGAGUGAAGAGGAGCAGAGGGAUUACUUGAGGAAAAAACCCGAUAGGAUUGUUUUUCUCCAGAAAUAUAUAGACGAGAAAAGGGAGACUCUUGACCUACAUUCAGACGAGAAGACGAGUACAACGAAAGUAGCAAUGAGAGCAAGUGCAAGGUUGAGAGCAAAAAAGGAUGGCAACAUGUUCAAGGUGCAUCAUUGAUGACAAAUCCAGAUGGAGGAUUCUCAACCAACUGGUUUCUGUGAUGGAUGCCAGGAAGAAAACGCCACCCAGGAGGUCUGCGGUGGUCCAUCUUGAGUGCUGAGAGGCGGAGCUGUGUUCACUUUCUGCAGGGUGGCAGAUGCAGAGCUGAAGUUCAUGCACUGAAAAACAAAUCUAAACAAUGCCACACAGAAAUUGCCUUGGACUUUGCUUACAAUGUGUUACUGACUGCUGGACAUAAGAAUGGUUGCAUAUUUUCAUGCAAUUCA